AUGCUUACAGCAGAGAGUUUCUCGCGGUCGGAUAAAAAUCACGACAACAAACUGUCGUUUGACGAGUACCUGCAUUUGGAACUGCCCUAUGUGAAUGUGAAGAGAGCAGAAUUCAAGCAGCGUGACAUCAAUCGCGAUGGAUUCGUGUCGCGCAGUGAAUAUGACGCAGGUGAAGAAAACGAGCAGCGAGAAGUGAACGACCGGCGAGCUCGGUACUUCGGCAAAAUUUAUGAAGUAAUUCUUCGAAAACUUUUCUACUUUUAG